UAUACAUUUUAUAGAAUCGAGAAAAUAAUGAAGUUGCGCAGUUUUCUAGCGAAGACAAUUGUUAUAGCAAGAUCCAGCUUAAAAUUUCGACCGAUAAAUCCGAUCCUAAUCAAAUCAAAGUACGAAGAUAUUCGGCAGAUAGCAUUUAUAAACUCGGCGAAAAUUCGGACCCGGCUGGAGAAAACACGCAAGAAUUGCCGAGUCCACACAAGAAACUCAACGUUUCUUCGUCCCUCGAAAGCUUCGGACCUAACAGAGAAUGUUUCAAUAAAAUCACUUUCAAAAACGGAAAAGGGGCCAAGAAAUUAAUGUACGAAGAUCCCACUCAGAAAAUGGUUUUAGAAUAUCCCAGUAAAAAUGACGAUUUAAAUCAAAAACAAAAAUCGAAAUUCCUAAAAAAUAAUUCUAGACAAAAGAGGACAUUGCUCAUAAAACCCAUUCAUAGAACUAACGUUAACGUCACAUCCGAAAGCGACGGCAAUCGCAUUUUGUAUAAUAAAAUACCAGAGAAGUACGUUCCGGAUCAUUCCCAUUGUAAUCGUAAGUUAACCAAUCAGAGUGACUUUAAUCAUUUGAGUGAAAUACCCCAGGAGAGAUUAAUAUUUCGUAGCAAAUCUUCGGAUUAUCCUCACGGCACCAUCAACGAGAACAUCUGUGCGAACGGUAUGAAAGAAAUGGAAAAGAGCAGCUCCAUAAAAACAGAAAGUCCCGUUAUUAGAUCGAGAAACACCAGGAAGUUCAAACGAGAUUUCUCGCGCGAUGCAUCCACCCCCGUGUGCGAAAAUACACAUCAGGUAUUAAAGAAAUCCUCUUCUCAACCCGAAUGCUCGUCUAAGUACAGAUAUACUAAACUUCAAGCCCCCAACGUUAAAAUUCUUAUAGAGAAAUAUAAUCAAAAAGCACUGGAAAGCAAAGUGGAGAAAUCAAAUCUCCUACCAAAAGUACAGAACGAAGAUGGUCUGGAAAUUAGAGAUGGUCAACGAUCGUCGGUGAGUCCGGGUUCCACGAGAGCCGAGAUGAUAAAGAAAGCCAAAGAAGAUUUUAUUUUACAAAAUUCCUCUUCUAAUUACGCUUUGCCGAGCAAUUCGAGGAACGAAUGCCAAGAGAAUGCCAACGAUAAAAUUGGUAGAUAUUGUCAAAUCGACGACGACAGUCUGUCCACAAAUUCUGCAAUUUCCGCAGAUUCCGUUCAUUUGGUAUUGUGCAGGAGCGCGGAAUCGUGUAAGGAAUCCAGAUUGGCUCGCAGAUCGGUUGCGGAAAAGCAGACGUCAUCGAGCGAAAUCUCUCCCCCCGUCACCCCCACCUCACCGGAUACAAAAUCUAGUAAAUCGGGUGGUAAUUUCCUCAAUUUUAAAUUAAGGAAAAGCAAAAAAGAAAAGGAAUUGGCAUCCAUUACGAAAUUGUGCCGGCAAUCUUUAUUCUUAAACUUGGAUAAAGACAUUAGCAAAAGCGAAGAAUCGAAACCCGUUCUGGCAAACCCUCAGAGUUGCCCGUCUUCGCCGGAAGUUAAAUCGAAACCGACGAAAACCAAAGGUGGUUGGUUGCAUAAAACCUUUUUUAAACAAUCUUAAUACUAUUUAAAAUUCGAUUCGAAAUAAUUCUCAGGUAUAAUUCAUCGUUACGAGUGAAUUUUAUGCAAGAAACUUUGUUACUUACGCAUUACAUUUCAUGAAUACAUAUUUUUUUUCUUAUCAUCACUGCCAUUAAAAAUGCUUAUUAAAAAUAAAUCUUUGUCUGUUCUCGUGUUACGAAAAAAAAUUUUAUAUUCCCAA